CCAAGCUAUAAAAAGGGGCGCCUCCCCUUUCCCGGUCUCACUCGUCUCUAAUCGGCACCGCUUUACGUUCUCCUGUUCUCCACAUAAGGACAAAAGUUACUUUGUGAAAAUGUCGGAUGAGGGUAAGCUGUUCAUCGGAGGGCUGAGCUUCGAGACCAACGAAGAUUCUUUGGCUGCAGCUUUCGGCAAAUAUGGAACCAUCGAAAAAGUUGACGUAAUCAGAGACAAAGAGACCGGAAGAUCUCGUGGCUUUGGCUUUGUGAAAUACGACAAUGUUGAGGAUGCUAAAGAUGCUCUGGAUGCCAUGAACGGAAAGACACUUGAUGGACGGGCAAUUCGAGUUGAUGAGGCAGGAAAGGGUGGCCGCUCCAGAGGAGGCUUUAGCUCUGGCCCACGUGGAGGCAGGUUCAACUCUGGUGGCCGUGGGGGGAGGGGACGUGGCUUCUCCAGUCGCGGUGGCAGCUACGGCGACAGAAGCUACGGUGACAGAAGCUACGGCGACAGAAGCUUUGGUGGUGGAGACAGAAGCUUUGGUGGCGGUGGAUACAGAAGUGGAGGAUAUUCCUCAGGUGGUUACAGGGACAACAGGGGACAGGGUGGAUAUGGAGACCGCUCUGGAUCCUAUCGUGACAGCUAUGACAGCUAUGCGACACACGAGUAAACCUCCCUGAUUCAAGAUUCAUCACUUGGCUGGCCGUAUUUGAAAGCUGUGCUCCUCAAGGAAAAAAACAUGUCCACGUGUAUUAUGUAGUUCUGUUGUAGAAGCUUGGCAUCUGACUUAAAUGUAGCCAUGAGUUUUGGUUAUUUCUCAACCAUGUUACAAAUUAUAAUUUACUAGUCUUGCUCAAUUGACCACUCCCAUCGUUCAAAACAUCUGUAUGAUCUCACUACUGUACGGUCCCCUUCUUUUAUUACGUGGGGAUAAAGCAGCUAUCCACAUUGCUUUCUGUCGAUCAGUUAAUCAGCUAAUUUCUUUUGUCCAGCACUUUAAAGUGUUUUGUUUUUUUAUAAGAUCUUAAUGGGGCUUUUUUGUUAUCCUUGUUGAUAAACUGACCUACCUCCUACCAAAUCUUUAAACUGAGGAAAGAACUAGCAUACUCAGAUUAACCUUUGGGGGAUUUUAUUGUUAAAUUUCUUAAACUAUUGAGAACCUUAGCUUACCCAAGGCUCAUUUUGUGUUCAAUCUCCCAAAAGAGUGAAUUCCUGGUGAACUACACAUCCGAAGUGGCCGGCUGUUCAUGAAGUUGCAAAAUGCAGCAUGCUACAGUCUGCCCAAGGUAUCUUCUGUGCUCUGCUCAACAUCUGCAUCUUAACUGUGCUGUAAAUGGACUCUUGUUUAAAGUGAUCAGAAAAUGUAACUUCGUUACCAGAGUAAACUGAACGGGAACAGUUUUUUUGUACUUUAUGUUCUUUGUAUGAUCCAAGAUUUUUUUUUUCUUUGUCAGUUUGGCUUCAUGGAGCCUAUUAAAACAAUGUGAAAUGA